CCCUUUUUUUUGAUAAGGCACGAAAAUUAAAUGAACGAUAUUGUAUAAUUGGGAUUAUGGAAUAUUGAAAAAGUGUGCUUCAAAUUGUUUACUUGAAAUGAUUUGUAGCUAUCGUCUCUAUCUGUGCGUGAGAGUGCAGUCGACUCAGUUGCCCUACCAAGAAACACGUAAUACCGUAAAGUGUUGUGUAUUCGUGCAUAACAAUUCAGGCGGAUACUGGCUUGACCAUUUUGCGAGUGUCAGUUCAGUUAACAAAUGGUCACAUUUGUGCAACAGGUUUUUUCAAAAGCUCCCGGCUCGGCUCGGGUUUAACAUUUUGAGGAUCCUCCAAUUUCAAGAAUUUUAAGAGAAAACAACAACAUGGCAUUCCUGUGGGCAUGGCUUGGAGACUUUAUGAAGGUCAAGUCAAAGUAUGGAGACAUUAUGGAGGUUAAAACUACUGGUGCCUCUAAGGAGACAGCAGAUGCUGAUGGCCAUGCUAAAGGUUAUAGCGGGGUGACUGCAUCUGAGAGAAUGGCAGAGUAUGACAAAGAUGACACAAAUACAUAUAUUGACAUCAUCAGAAAGGUGGGGAAAGAGAAUGAAAUAGCCCCAGCUCUCAUCUGUGGCAUCAUCUCAAGAGAGACCAGAGGUGGGAGAGCAAUACGUAAACCGUCCCCACCAAUCGUCCCAAAACAAGGCUGGGGGGACUAAGGAAGAGGCUUUGGGCUAAUGCAGGUUGAUGUGGACCCAAAUGGUGGCAACCACAAGAGAAGGGGUGAAUGGGACAGUAGGAAACAUCUUGAACAAGCCACUGGGAUUCUAAUUGAUUUCAUCAAAAAAAUCAAAGACAAGUUUCCUGAAUUUACCGAGGAGCAGCAGCUUAAAGGUUGAUGUUACUCCAAAUAGUGGCAACCACACUCAAAAGGGAGAAUAGGACAGCCAGGACCAUCUUAAACAAGGCACUUGAGAUUCUCAGAAAUGUCAUCAAAAAGAUCCAGAGAAAGUUUCCUGACUGGACCAGGUAGCAGCUGCUGAAAGGUACGACGUUUGAUACGUCCUGGACUAACCAAAUGUGUGGCCCUUGUCAAGAACAUUUUAGCCUCUUAUGGAAAGCAUUGCUAAAACCUACCUUGUUUUUACCCUCAGAUGACGUGUUAUUUUGACUAUUAUUGUACUGCCCAAUCUCAUGAGAAAAUGGACACCUACACUACAAGAGAGGAAUUCCAUGAUGUUGCCUUAAUAUAUCAUUCAAAGUAAACUGUGGGACCUACCAUCCUUUUCAGCCAGACCAUUCUAACGACAUGUCCUCUGCUGUCUGUGUAGCCUAAGUGUAUCUGGAAGUUAGGCCAUACAGACUUGAUUAACAAACAGUUAACAAUAUCAUUUUUUUUUUGAGACCAGGCAAGCAAAUCAAAAACUUUGUAAAAAUACUAUAGCAACCUUAGUUCAACAUAUAACGAGACAUUUGACCCCAUGUGUCAAAAGUGGAAUAGCAUUAACAGGGGCAUCCGUUAAACAGUAAAUCAACAUUGUGGUUCUCAGUAGCCCGACCUCAUGAUCAAUGUUAAAUUCACAAAAUGGUAUACACAAUGUAAUAGGAAGGUUUAAUUUAAUGCAUUUGUCUAACAUUCUAGUAGCUUUCAAUUGCAUGCAACAAGGAAUGUUUUCUGCUUUACAAAAAGUACAGCUUUUUCCUAAUCUAUUGGUAUUUUCGGUAGGAGUCCUACAACAUCAAUAUGCUUAAAUACAUUUAUUUUAUUUGUUAUUUGAAACAUUGUUUGAGUCAUAAGAGGCAUGUAAACUUCAGGCAAUAAAGACUCAUGUAACAUGUCUCCACAACGUUUUGGAAGUUUUUUCUUUAUUUGAUUUGUCUCCAAAAAAAUCCUGAGGUAUUCACAAUAUAAUGGCAUUUAUUCUGUUUGAAAUAGAGGAAAUUUAACGGAAAAUGAGAGACGGCGAAAAGCAGAGGGAGACAGUAGCUGUGUAGAUUGAUACAACUGUCAGAACAAACUCUGAGUCAUACAUACAAACAGCCAUGGAAUUGCAAUGGCGAUGGAAAAAGUAUACAAUUUCCCCCCUUUCAAAUCGAGCAAGUCAUGCAAUACUGCAUUUAGAAACCCUAGGGAACAAGCAAAUUAUUCUUUACCAACAUUUUAAAACAGGGCUUCCACCUCGCUAGAGUACAGAUUAAAUACGCGCCAAUCAGUCCACUUCGGAAUAGAAAACUAUUAUUUCAGUCAGAGUAUGCGUAAAACGUUGACUGCUAGUCUGUUUCAGGAGGAUAAUUCAUUACUUGUGUAAAACCAAUCCAAGUUUCAAACAAUAGGAGCUAACUUAAAAUGGGUAUUAGCUUAGCACUCUCUCUAAUACCACCCAUGCUGUAAAUGUUAAGGUUUAGACCAUAACCUCUGUUUGGCUUGACUGAGCAGGAUUUCAAUGAAAUGAGUGCACACACUAAAGUAUACAAACAUGACAGACAUCCUACAGCUCAGCCAAGCCGGUACUAAAAGCACAUACACCAUCUAGAGUUUAAACCACUCCACUACAAUAGCAAUGUUUCCUGUGGGUUAGUGUGGUUUGAUAUUUGGCUUUUGUAUCAACGGCAACGCCAAUGACAGACAAUUCUCUUUACCAUGUGUCUUGUUUGGCUUUAAAAAAAAAACAAAAAAAAACA